GACCGCCAGGUCCUGAGCAUCCCCCGGAACAAAAUUCACAAUCAGAUCAAGUCAAGACUACUUGUUAACCAAAAGCCAACACAUAUGCAGGGGUCGCCAUUAGCAAGAGCAGAUCCCAUAAGUAGAAAAGAAAAGGAAGAGGCACCCAUUCCUUUUCGGGAAGGUAAAGAUUGUCAAGGCAGAGGAGGGGAGAAGCCAAACUCAGAGCAGAGUAGAGGAAUCACCACCAGUCCAGGCGGAGAACUGGGAGGAGAUGGAGGAGAGGGGUAAGGUGGUGUGCAUGGCGAAGCUGGCCGAGCAGGCGGAGAGAUACGAUGAUAUGGUUGAGUUUAUGAAGAAACUUGCCAGGUUGGAUGUGGAUAUGAGCGCUGAAGAGAGGCAUUUAUUUUCAGUUGGUUUUAAGAAUACAAUUGGUGCAAGGAGGGCAUCAUGGAGAAUCCUUUCUUCACUUGAGCAAAAGGUGACAGCGGGCGAGCAGGCUAGCAGGAUGAUAAAUGUGUACAGAAAGAAAGUUGAAGAUGAACUAAGGGUGAUUUGCAAUGAAAUAUUGUCAAUCAUUGCUAUUCAUUGCCUUCCCUUGGCCAAUACUGGUGAAAACAUUGUGUUCUUUUAUAAAAUGAAGGGCGACUAUUACCGUUACCUGGCUGAAUUUAGCAGUGAAACUGAAAAGAAGUCUGCUGCUGACCAGUCACUCAUGGCCUAUCAGCACGCCAUGGUUGUCGCCUCCACUGAGCUUUCACCUGCUCACCCAAUCAGGCUUGGCCUUGCCCUCAAUUUCUCAGUGUUCUUUUAUGAGAUAAUGAACUGUCAUGAGAGAGCUUGCCAAGUCGCAAAACAAGCAUUUGAUGAGGCUACUAAUGAGAUUAAUUCCGCUGGUGUGGAGGGCUACAACGACAGCAUACUUAUGAUUGAGCUUCUGAAAGACAACCUAGCGUUGUGGACGUCAGAACUAAAUGAAGGUGAAACGGCUAAGGAUAACGACAUCGAUAUGGAGCAGGGAUAACUAAAAUCUGUUCAGGGCCAUAGGAUGUGUGCAAAAUUACCAGAGCACCAUGUUACUGAAAAGCCAGUGACCAUCUGGAGCGGAACCAUUUGAAAGUGCCUCUUGUUAUCAUGUAGCUUCGUUGUUUCGGAACUCUUUGCUUAGUGUGGUCCUAUGUUAUUGUUUUUUCCAUAGCUUGGAGUGGUGGCCAUGUACCCAGCUUUGCUCAUAUUUUGAGAGGUUGGAUCGGUAAUCAUCCAUCUUUGAUGUUGUUGUUUCAGUUUUCUCCGAUGCUGCUUUCCAGGCAUUGUUGUAUAAUAGUACUAGCGAAUAAUAUGUUACUAGUAUGUCUCCGAUCAAAUGGCGAAAAA